UACCAGCGCCCGAAGCUUCUAUUUUUAUUCCCGUUCUCCGUCUCGGCCCGCCCUCCCCCCUCUGCUUCCUCCGGCGCUACCUCCGUCCAGCAAAGGGUGUACGCUCGCUUUAAGAAUAAAAUGGUGGCUGGCUGCGAGCGGGACUCCACUUCCGGUGGGGAGGGGGGCGGGACCCCAGCCCGCUCACGCCGGAAGUGCUUUGCGUUUUCAAGAUGGCGACUCCCUAUGUAACUGACGAGACCGGCGGCAAGUACAUCGCCUCAACACAGCGGCCUGACGGUACCUGGCGCAAGCAGCGGAGGGUGAAAGAAGGCUACGUGCCCCAGGAGGAGGUCCCAGUGUAUGAGAACAAGUAUGUGAAGUUCUUCAAGAGUAAACCGGAACUGCCCCCGGGGCUGAGCCCCGAGGCCACCGCACCUGUCGCCCCUUCCAGGCCCGAGGCGGGCGAAGCGGGUCUCUCCAAGACAGCCAAGCGCAACCUGAAGCGGAAGGAGAAGCGACGGCAGCAGCAGGAGAAGGGGGAGGCGGAGGCCCUGAGCCGGACUCUGGAGAAGGUGUCCCUGGGGGAGACCGCCCCGCUCCCCGCCGCCCCGCAGGGGGCCCGGGCCGCGCCAACGGCCGCCCCCGACCCGGCCGACCCCGCCGCGUCCACGGAGAAGGCCAAGAAGAUCAAGAACCUGAAGAAGAAGCUGCGGCAGGUGGAGGAGCUGCAGCAGCGGAUCCAGGCCGGGGAGGUGAGCCAGCCCAGCCGCGAGCAGCUGGAGAAGCUGGCCCGGCGGAGAGCACUGGAGGAGGAGCUCGAGGACCUGGAGCUCGGCCUCUGAGCCCGCGCGGACAGGGGCACGGACCGCAGAACAAACCGUGGGGCUCCCGGGGAGGCCCCGGGGAGCGCGGGCAGCCGCGGUCAGGGGGGCGCCACCGCGGUCAGGGGGCCCCGGCCCCGACCUCCGCGGCCCAGACGCGCCCGCAGUCCUUCCGUUCCCGUCCCGACGCCCGCGUCUGGGACUCUCCCCCGUCCCGUUCCAAGUGUUCAAACGCUCAGUGACUACCCCAGGUACCUCUGCUGCUGAUUCGGGUGUCUUGUUGCAAAGCGAGUCGGGUGGGUGGGAAGUUCCUCGGAGAACUGGCGCUGAGAGGGGCAGCCCGCCCGCGCCCUGGACGAGGCGCGGUUCCUGUUCAGUGUUUCUGGGUUAUUCCCCCAUCCCUCUUUUUUUUUUCUUCUUCUUUUUUUUAAGAACAGAAUAAAUUCAAGUGACAACA